CAAAAAUUAGUGCAACAAAAAUGCUAAUAGAUUCUUUAUCUGCUCGGAAAAUUUAGGUAAAAAAUAUCGAAUAAACUCCGAUUGGGCAGUGAAAACUUCUCGGUAAAAUGUGGAUUCCUCCGCGGGAGUGUGCGAUGCCGUUCGCAUUGUGGACCACCGAAAGUACGCUGACCACGUCCAACUAUUUCCUGCUGCAGCACCGCAAAGGCCACGGCAGCCAGCGGGGAUUUUCGUCGAUGCUCGUCGGCACAUUGGACAAUGUCUUGGACACGAAACCGUCGCCCUAUCGGAUCUUACAUGUUCAGCCGUCCACGGGACUUUAUUAUGAAAUUGCCUCGGACAUCACACUGGAAGCGAUUCUCAAAGAUUGGGAGUGGCUUUCGAAGAACCUAUUCCGGGUGAUCAACGAAAUGGAAACGGAAGAGGAAAUCACCAACUUCACGAUUUGCAAAAUCCAAUCCCUUCUGGCGCACUGCUCGCGCAAUAGCGAAGAAAUGGUCGAUCCGACUAGCUUCCAGAUCGUGGUCAACAAAUUUCGGGACAAGUUUAAGAUGCCCGAGGAUGAAAAGCUGGUCAGUUACUAUUCGUGCAGCUACAUCAAGAGAGUUCCCCGGCAGGGUCAGAUGUAUCUCUCGCUGAACCAUCUAUGCUUCUAUUCGUACAUUUUCGGUGCGGAAAGCAAACUCCGGUUCAGGUACAACGAGCUGACAGAUAUCAAGAAGUCCGGCACGAUGAUCACGAUCAAAACUACGCAGAACAAAGAGUACACGUUUGCUUUUCUGUACCCACCCGGCGAGGUUUACAAUCUGAUUGAGCAGUUGAGCAAGAUUACGAUGCAGAAGUUGAUUCAGGAUCCGGACCGGCCAAUUGUGGAUCACGAUCCGGUGGUUGGACGGAAGAUGGAGAAAAAUGUUGGCUUCAAGACGGUGUUGUUGCGGGAUUUGACGACCCGGCAGCUUUCGGAUGAGUAUCGGGCGCUUUUCCGGCUGCCGGCCGUGGAGAUACUGGAUGGGAGAAUUACGUCAGCGCUGUGGACACCGUACACCAAAAAGCACGUGAACGGAAUGAUCUACCUGUCGCAGGGCUAUCUGUGUUUCAGGAGCGAUGUUUAUGCGUUGGUGGGGUUGGUCAUUCCUUUGAAUAAGAUUGUGAGUGUGGAAAAGAAGGAAGAUCCUUUCGAUCGGUUUAGCAAUCGGAUCAUCAUUACGACGUCGGAUGCCAAUAUCUUUCUGUUUUCGCAUAUUCUUGAUCGUGAUUUUUUGAUUAGCCGAAUUUCGGAUCUGCUGUCCAAGACAGUCACUCCAACCAAACCCACCGAUGAUAUUGACUGGACAAAACAAGAACCACUGAUGCACCUUUUCAAGGAUCCAGAUAACAAGGAAUUCGAUGAUCUGCAGGCUGAAAAGUUGAAAAAGUGGGACGAUCAUUUCUCCAUCUACGGUCGUGGCAUAUCGAUGUUCCGGACAACGGAAACCAUCAACCUGGUGAUCGACGGCAUUCCGGAUCAGCUGCGUCGCGAAGUGUGGAUGAUCUUUUCCGGUGCAAUCCAUAUGAAGCUGAUCAAUCCGGGCCUGUACAAAGAUCUGGUUCAACGGGCCAAGGACAAUCAAAAGUCGUCGACGUUUGAGGAAAUUGAACGGGACCUGCAUCGAUCGCUGCCGGAACAUCCAGCAUUCCAGACGAACAUUGGCAUCAUGGCUCUGCGAAGGGUUUUGCAGGCCUAUGCCCUGAGGAAUCCAGAGAUCGGCUACUGCCAGGCGAUGAACAUCGUUUCAUCGGUAUUCCUGAUCUACUGCGACGAGGAAGAUGCCUUCUGGAUAUUGAGUUGCCUGUGUGAAUCGCUGCUUCCGGAUUACUACAACGAUAAGGUGGUCGGAGCGCAGAUCGAUCAGGGUUUGCUGGACGAGCUGAUCGCUAGUCAUCUACCGAAUUUGCAUGUGAAGCUGGGUGACCUGGGCAUGAUCCGGAUGAUUUCGCUGUCCUGGUUCUUGACGAUCUUCCUCAGCGUGAUGCCAUACGAGAGUGCACUGCACAUAAUCGACUGCUUUCUGUGUGAUGGAGCAAAAGUGAUAUUCAUUAUAGCUUUAAAAAUCCUGGAAUGGAACCAGGAGAAACUUUUAAACUGUAACGACGAUGGAGAAGCCAUGCAAUUGCUGUCCAACUAUCUGAUAGGCAUCUUUAACGAUGAGGUGCAGCAGAUCAAAACAAUCGACAAAGAUCGGAAUCAGGCGAGGAGUCAAUCAGUGCAAACGCUUAUCUACGAAGCAUAUCAUCGAUUCGGGAAAGCAAUAACAUCACAGAAAAUUGAGGAACUCAGGAACAAACAUCGGCGCUUGACGGUUCAUCAGUUGGAGAAGGAUUUGGAAAACAGUUUCGUCAAAAACUUCAAAGAAAAUGGCUACUUUGACGCCGAGGAACUACGGAUGCUUCUAUGCUACACCAAGGACGAAAAGCAGAAUCUCAAAAACUGCAGCCGCCAAUCUUUUGUGAACGGAAGCGAGCCGGUCUUUGACGCGGCCGUGCUGCACGAUGUCAAGAAAUGUUUCCGGGACAACCGAUACGACUGUUUCCGGGUAGAUUUUGAUACCUUCCGGCGGCUCUUCAUCGAUCUGACGCCGUGGGGUCACGUGCAAAAUAUUGACGUGGCCGAGAAGUUGUUUAGACUAAUGGACAAACAGGUGUGUGGAUAUCUUGAAUUCAAGCAGCUCAUUUUUGCGCUGGGAAUCAUUUGCUCAAAACGUGCAACAGAAAAGCUGAAACUGUUGUACAUUCUGCAUCUGCCACCGCUGUUGUCAUCGAAGGAAAUCGAGAGUAGUAGCCAGAUGGGGCUAAAGGAUUCCGAUACGGAAGUUGCGACGGAGGCCGAGAGUUUCUUUAGUGACAACCCAAUCGAAACCAUCAAAUCACUUCCGUCCCCGAUCGACAUCAGUCUGGAAGCAACGGACGUGGAAAACCUUUCGCUGUCCCAUUUCAACGCCACUCCGAACCUGUCCAUUGACGAAUCAUCUACCAACGCUGAAACGUCAUCGAUUUUCUACGUUGAUCUACCCGGCGGCUCGGCAAUGGGUGCCGCUUCCGGAAGCAACGUCGACAAAGCCUCCACAGGCAAUGCCAACCUGGGAGAGGGCGAAUCCUACGGUUCGCGUUCGGAUCUCAGCGAUUUGGGGUUCAACAGGAUCAGCUACGACGAUGCAAGCAGCAGUACGACGACCAACGGACGGCGGUUGACCGGUAAUGAAACGAGGAGUAUCAGCAGUCUGCGGAUAUUCCUGGAUGAGCCGGACUCGAAUUUUACCAACAAAACCAUUCCCAACAUGACACAGAAAAAUUUCCUGGCACUGUGGACUACGCUGCUGGAAAUUCUUAACAAGGGCAGACGGAUAGCCGAUAGCGAAGUACAGCAAGCUUACAACAAAUUAAUUGAUCUGGGGAAGUAUGCAUUUCUGAACAAUAGUGAAGACAGCAUCGACAGUCUCACUCAGUUUACAUUCCCGAAUCCAAGCGAGACGGAUCCCAACGGAAAUCCAUCAAGCUCCAAUCCGGCUGAACCAUCAACGUCGUCACCGAAGCGGAAUUCCUCGGAAGAUCGUUCAACGGAGGAUGCCUGGGAGAUUACCCUUAACCAAUUCAUCGCCACUACAGUUUCGGUCAGUUCCAUAGAUGAACAUUUUUCCCAAUCGUUUUCCAUCAAAUCAAGGGUGGAAAUGCUCCAGAAGAACCGACGGAAGUGCAAAAGUUAGAUUGCUUGCUAUGAGUUGAGCUUGAGAAGGGGUAAGUUGGUGGUAAAAUCAGUCGCUUGUACCAGCUUGGACGUGGCCACGCCUUUGGAUCAUACGUAAAUAGAAACCGGAACUAGGCGUGGUCGGCUUGUUUUAUCUUGAUUUCGGUAUAUGAAAAAGUGCUCUUUCGUGUGAAGAAGGCUCCUAUUCCGCUGCGAUAUGUACAAAAAAAAAAAAAAACAACACGAUAAUAUCAACAUAUAUACAACACCACACACUCAUAUAAAUAUCCCUUGUCAGGGACGGAACUAGACAAGGUGAAAUAUUCGGUCCGUAAAAGUGUACCUUUAUCACACAAUAUUCUUGGCAAUUGUAGAGG